AUGGGUGGAAGCAAUAACUUUCUAGUCAGUGACCAAGAAGGUCGUGGUGGAUUUCAUCCAUUUCAACAUUAUCUGUCGGUUUGCCACUUAAUGCAAGAGGUAUGCUACCGAUUUAAGAUUGAGCAUCGAAAUUCGACUCCGUAUCGCCCAAAGGCAAACGGGGCUGUAGAAGCUGCUAACAAAAAUAGAAAAAAGAUACUUCGUAAGAUGGUGCAAAGUUCUCGACAAUGGCAUGAAAAGUUGCCUUUUGCUUUGUUGGGUUAUCGCACUACAGUCCGUACGUCAGUGGGCGCUACCCCAUAUUCACUGGUAUACGGGACUGAGGCAGUAAUACCUGCAGAGAUUGAGAUCCCAUCUUUACGAAUUGUUGUGGAGGCUGAAAUUGAUGAUGAUGAGUGGAUCAAAACUCGGUUAGAGCAAUUAAGUUUGAUUGAUGAGAAGCGUCUGACAUCAGUAUGUCAUGGACAAUUAUAUCAGAAAAGAAUGGCACGGGCAUACAACAAAAAGGUGCGUCCCACACAUUUUGAAAAGGGUCAAUUAGUAUUGAGACGCAUUUUGCCACAUCAUGCCGAAACCAAAGGCAAAUUUUCUCCAAAUUGGAGAGGACCAUUUGUUGUUAAAAGGGUAUUACCCAAUGGUGCUCUUUACUUAGCAGAUAUAUAA